AAAGUUUGGCUCUUAUUACAUAAGGGAGAAGAAAUAAAAAGGAAACACCCGAAGACCCCCUUGUUGACUUCUCUCAUAUAAAGCCGAGGAAAACCUUCAUUACCCUGAACGAAAAAAAACAUCAAGAACAAGAAUCAUACAAACAUGUUGCCGGCGGCAGGGGCAACCAUGAUGGGGAUCAUGACUAACAAGCAGAGAAAAGGAAGGAGUGCACUAUCAGGGAUGUGGGCAAAUAUGGGCUCUACCAUAGCCACCUUCAUGUUUGCGUGGACGAUCAUCCGCCAAUAUUGUCCCCUUAUGCUUAACGGCUUCUUUGAAAAAUAUACACGCAGACUUAUGGCCUACUUCUAUCCCUAUCUUCAGAUUUCCUUCCACAAGUUCAGGGGAGGAAGGUUCAGGAGUAGCGAAGCUUAUGCGGCUAUUAAGGCCUACCUCAGCGCCAACUCUACCAAGAACGCUAAAAGGCUCAAAGGCGAGAUGGGAAAAGAUAUAAGAAGCCUGGUGUUGAGUAUGGACGAGUACGAGACAGUCACCGACGAGUUUCAAGGCGCUAAAGUCUGGUGGCUGUCAGAGAAAUGGCUCUACGCGAUCACGUUUCAUAAGAAGUACCGUGAGAUAAUCACCGAGUCAUACUUGGAGCAUGUUCUGAGCAAGGGGAAGGAGAUUAUAUCAAGUAAAAGGCAGAGGAAGCUCUACACAAAUACUUCUAAUGACAGGAUUCCCAUCCACAAGCAAGCCAUGUGGAGUGAUGUCGUGUUUGAGCAUCCGGCAACCUUUGAAUCGAUGGCGAUGGAGCCGGAGAAGAAGCGGGAGAUCGUUGAAGAUUUGUUGACUUUCAGCAAGAGUAAGGACUUCUACGCAAAGGUUGGGAAGGCGUGGAAGAGGGGUUAUCUACUUUAUGGGCCCCCGGGGACUGGGAAGUCGACGAUGAUUGCAGCAAUGGCUAAUUUGUUGAACUAUGAUGUCUACGAUCUUGAGCUCACGGCAGUGAAGGACAACACGGAGCUGAGGAGGCUUUUGAUCGAGACGACCAGUAAGUCUAUCAUUGUGAUUGAGGACAUUGAUUGCUCACUUGAUCUUACUGGUCAGAGGAAGAAGAAUACAGAGAAAUUUUCAGAUGAUGAGAACGAGAAGUUGAAUAAAGAAAUUGCCAAGAAAAAAGCGAAGGAAGACGGCAGCAAAGUCACUCUUUCAGGGCUGUUGAGCUUUAUUGAUGGGCUGUGGUCUGCUUGCGGAGGAGAGAGGCUGAUUGUUUUCACUACCAAUUAUGUGGAGAAGCUGGAUCCGGCACUCAUAAGAAGGGGUAGAAUGGACAAGCAUAUUGAGCUCUCCUACUGUAGUUUUGAGGGGUUCAAGGUGCUUGCAAAGAAUUACUUGGAUUUUGAAAUGCAUCCCAUGUUUGAUGCUGUUGAGAGGUUGAUGGGGGAGACCAGGAUCACUCCUGCUGAUGUUGCGGAGAACCUUAUGCCAAAGUCCUCACUGGAUGAUGCAGAGACAUGUCUAUCGAAUUUAGUACAGGCUCUCGAGGAAGCGAAGGAAGAUGGGGCAAAGAAGGAAAAAGCAGCAAAGAAGAAACACGAAGACGGGAAAGAGAAAGAUACGACCGUGGAAGAUGCUGCUCUCGAGGAAGCGAAGGAAAAGGGAGCAAAGAAGGAAAAAGCAGCAGAGAAGGAACACGAAGACGGGAAAGAGAAAGAUACGACCGUGGAAGAUGCUGUUGAAUCUCAAGUGAACGAAGAAGCUAAAUAACAAUUGUGAAUUAGAAAUAGCACAAUUUGGAAACAAUUUUCGUGUAAAAUAUUCCUGUGGCCAAGUGCCAAUAUGAUGGGGUUAUGGUUAA